AUGGUCCGCGCCGGUGUCUUUCCAUCCUCCCCCCUCCGACACAACCACGCCUUCUCAACCCGUACCCUCCACCUCUUCCACGACCUAUUCUGUCGGUGCCCCCGACUUUCCAUCCAACCCUUCAUCAAGUCCCUCUGCGAUGUUCAGGGCCUUCCGUUCAAACCUUAUCUUAUGCAACAAUUCUCCUCCGCCUAUGAUGCAUACCUGGAGGUGAGGUCUCGAAUCCGAAAGCUUGUUGCUCAGGCGCUUGGUCGAGAUUCACCGACUUGGCGAAUCCUGCACGCCUGCCCGUGCUGUCAGAAUGAGUUGGAGGAGGAUGAUCCUUUGGAGAUCAGAAUGAUGGUGGCGAUGGACGGGAAUGAUUCCUUGAAACGAGUUGAGCGUCACAAGGAUGCCGCCGACGACUCCCUCGCGGAGGUAGCAGGUUCCGGGGUGGUUGAACGAACGGACCCCCGGCAGGCAGGCGGUGACUACUUCAUCUCUCGUGUAUCAGUCGACGAGUGGGCGGAGGAAAACUGGAAGAACGCACCGGUAUUGGUCCCUCAGGAUAGCUUUCGGGACUGGGUUUGGAAGACUGGGAGAUGUGAAGAGAAGUGGCAUAAUGCAUCGGAUAAGAAUACCGGAAAGUCCUGGGCAAAGUUCGAUGAGAACGGAAUCUUUCUGCUCAUUUGUCGGCACGGGCUGGUUCUCUCAUUGUCAGACAUGGUCAAGUCGGGUGAAAAAGCGAAGUACUCCCUAGCUGCCAUAUAUCACUUCCUCGAGGCAGAGAGGCAGCACCGCGUCAGCAAUGGAGAAGAAGCGCCCCCAAAAGGCAAGCUCUGUUUUUCAUACGACGUUGGCUGUACCAAUAGCAAGACAGUACACCGUAGUCCGUUAGCGUCGCUGGCUAAGUAUAUGGGGUACCUCCCUGCUGUUGGGACGAUGCAUGGGUAUGCACACGAACGAGCCUGCCAGCUUAAUUUCCUUCUUCUGUACCAGAGCGGUGCUGGUUUGGAAGAUGGUGAAACCUCCGAGCAGUGCUUCUCAAAGUCAAAUUCUUUGGCCUCCGCUACCCGCCAUGCAAGCAUCUUUCACCGUCGACAGAUGAUUACUGAAUACGCCUACCAUACUGACAACUUCGAGACGUACGGUAACCUCAGCAAAUUCCUCAGGAACCACUAUAUCCAAGCCCUCGAAAUCCUACGAACUGCUCCUUCCCUCAGAAUCCGUAUGCAUGAGGCCGGUAUCAAGGAUGCCCGUGUCAUUUUCCAAUGGAUGAAGGAAGAGGCAGCUUAUCUCCAGAAUCUAUCGAGGGAGCCCCCUAGUGAAACACUCCAGAUGGAAUACUAUGGGAAACUUGUUGCUCUCAAGGAAUGUCAGGCUGUUUUGAAAGAUGCGCGGCAUGCCUGGCUAUCAUAUCGACCGGGUGAACAUGAUCAAACCUUAGCCCUCGAACGUGCCCAACGCCAUGCCCAGGAGAAUGAACGAAAGAUUCUUGCUGACGUUCAUGCCUUGGAAAUGAAGCUUGACGUACGCGUUCGGUGGACGGAGGGCUCCAAACAGUGGGAGGAGGCUGGAUCACUGGUAACGGGUGCCAAGUACCGGAGAGCUCUUGAUAAACUUGAGGGACUAUUAGUCUCUAGAAUAUUCGAGCUCUCCAGGUUGAAUAUCUCAGGUACAGGCUACAAAAUGCGAAAACACCUUGCAAGUGCACUGAAGAAACGGUCAAAGAGCAUUCAGAGUGCCAUUGUUGAGUACAACACCGUUGCUGGUAAGAUGAAGCCAAAGAGACGGCAGGUUGACUGGGAGGAGGUUGUUGAGUAUGCCUUUUUAUCUGAGUUUGAUAUCCUCCGUGACACGCGUGAAGAUAUCCGUGAACGUCCUUGGGCAGUCCCUGCUAAUCGUGUUAUAAUCACUCAAUUCUUCAAGGUUAUUGGAGCUGAGGACGAGCUCUCCCGUGUACAUCAGGAAAUUCGCCGGCUCAUAACCUACAUGCAACGGGAGAGAGAUGAGCUCAUUGCACGGGAACAAGAACUCAUACCAACAAACCCAACGCUUGCACUACAGGUCAGGGAUUUUCGUCGGGAGCGGGGACGGUUCCAUGAAGUCCACAAAAAGCGCCUCCUCUCCAUAACCAAGCUAUCAGGCUUCGACUGGUCUACAAAUGGCAAGUAUUUCUUUCCUGGAACACCAUUGGAACGGUCCAAUUUUACAAAUCUUGCAGUGGGAGCUUCGACGGCUGAUAGAGGGGUUGAAGAGGACAACAACACCGAUGAUGAUGAGGAGGAGGAGGAGGAUGAAGAACUUGUUCUUAGAAUAGAUGCUUUCCUUUCAGUAGCCACAGAUGUCUUAGAGAAGUAG